AUGCCUGGUAUCAAGAAAAGUCGACGCUCUCAACCGCAUGACAAUCCGGUGAAACUCAAGUCACCAGGAGAAAAUGACAUUCUCUGCGGCAAGGACCGCGCCUGUGCUCUUCACAAGGGCUCGCAACACUUUCGCGCUGUCAUCGACCAGUACCGCACCACAUACCAGAAAGCGGUGACGAAGUAUGACAAGAUGCAGUUGACCAAGGAGAUUUACACUCUUCUCAGUCAAGAGUCGCGGUUUUUGAAGUUCAACGACAAGGAGAAGCUCUGGGAAGAGAUCACUCCACUUCAAGGACGCGAUAAAAUUGGCCACGCUCUCCGCUUUGCCAACUCGAACGCUCCCAAGGGCUCCAAAGGCAAGAAAGUCCGCAAGGGUCUCCGCCGCCAGGGAUCCUUUUCGUCCUGCUCUGCUACUACGGCUUCGACAUCCGCGGCCGCCAAACGGACCAAGGCGGAGCUGGUGGCCUCUGUUGUCGAGGUGGUCAAGGAAGAACCCAAAGUCUGGGACUCUUUGGUCGAUCACUUGACAUCCACGGAGGAACCUACUCCAGAAGAGGCGGGCAGUCGCCACCACCAGCGUGUGGCCAGCCUGGUCGAUCCCGUAGCCUUGGAGAACAUUGCCUAUGCCGUCGAGAGCAACAACAACGAUGAUGCUGCCCUGGAUGAUCUCAUCACCUUGUUGAACGACGAAAACAUUAUCACUGAGGAAACUCUCCAGGAUGUCCUCGACAUGGCGGCUUUCGACCAGGAAGAAGUGCCUCCCACUGUCAGCAUCAGCUUGUCUCCUGAUAGUUCGGCUGGGAUGCCUCCCCCUGCCCCCGUUGGGAGUGGAGCCAGCCACAGCUCCACCAAUUCGGUAAACGCGGAGAAGCAGCAGCAUGUGCGAGGCUUUAGCGUGGAUGACGACGCGUGGUCCGUCAUGAAGGAACCUCUCAUGGACUUUGAUGAUUGGCGAUGA